AUUGCAAAUUAAAGGCGAGAAGAAUGGUGAGAGUGAAGAUGACGUCCCCUUCCGUAUCUCUCUCCUACUCAGCAGUAGCGUAUGCUCUCCGCUAUCGUGCGCCUUUUAGUCCUCCUCCUCCUCCUCCUUUAGCCUUCACCCCUCACCUCCAUCUCCACCGCCAUCAAAAGCUUCGCCCACCUACUGUCUCCACCGCCUCUUUCGUCCUCGUCUCUUCCUUCUUCCGUCUCCCGUCGCCCAACCUCUUCACCGGCAAUUCUCUCUUCUCUGCCAUGGAGCGAUUUUGGAGUGGAAGCACUUUGAAUGGAAAUAAGGGAAUGAUUGAUCAGUUGACGAGGUAUGGCGUGAUCAAAUCAGAGAAGGUAGCGGAAGUAAUGCAAAAUAUUGACAGGGCUUUGUUUGUGCCUGAGGGUACACCACCUUACAUUGACAGCCCAAUGAGUAUAGGUUACAAUGCCACUAUCUCUGCACCCCACAUGCAUGCCAUGUGUCUCGAAUUGUUGGAGGACAGGUUGCAACCGGGCAUGCAUGCCUUAGAUGUUGGUUCAGGAACUGGGUAUCUCACAGCUUGUUUCGCACUAAUGGUUGGACCACAAGGUCGGGCAGUUGGUGUGGAGCAUAUCCCCGAGUUGGCUGCCUGGUCUAUAAAGAAUGUUGAGAAAAGCGCAGCUGCUCCAUUGUUAAAAGAAGGAUCCCUCUCACUGCACGUUGGUGACGGGAGGAAGGGUUGGCCGGAGCACGCCCCAUAUGACGCCAUCCACGUGGGAGCAGCAGCAGGUGACAUUCCGCAAGAACUCAUAGAUCAGCUGAAGCCAGGCGGCAGGAUGGUCAUUCCGGUGGGAACCUUCUUCCAGGACUUGAAGGUGGUGGACAAGAAUUUAGAUGGCAGUGUCAGUGUUCGAAGUGAGACUUCUGUGAGAUACGUUCCCCUGACCAGUCGAGAAGCUCAGCUAAAGGGCUCUUAAGACUGCUCUCGGCUCUCUCUGCAGUCCGUACUUUGGUCGUGUGGGUCGAACUGCAUAUGUAAUUAUCUUCUUGUUUUUAUCUUACUUUGGCUUUCUGUAUAGGUGCUACCUUCAAAUCCUAGCUAAUGGGAGUAGUAUUUAAAUAAGAUGGUUUUUAUACUAUUCUGAAUAUUUUAUAAUGUCUGUUUGCUGAUCUAUGUAACGGCAAUCAUUAUACUGUGGACUUUUUUAUUUUAUUUUAUUUUAUUUUAUUUAA